CGACAAAAGAAGACUACGUGGAGCAUUAUCUUCCACUGCAGAAAUCUCAUUUUUGUCAAAUUUCCGAUUUUUCAAUGUUCAUUUAGCUUCUUCAAUUCAAAGCUCUUUAACUCCCAAAAAUCAAAAUCCACCAGAGAGUUCAGAAGAGAAAAAGCGAGACUCACAUGGCUUCUGUGCCUUUCUCUUCGCCUUUACGGAGUCUAACCCUGUUCAAAACUAAUCCAAACUCUUAUUCCUCGGGGCCUUCAAUGGCUUUCUUUGUUCCUUCUGCCAAGUCCUCACUUGGGUCCUCUACAUGUGCUUUUCUGCAACAUGGAUUCUCUCUGCAAUCGCUAAAAUUCCCUGGUGUUCUCUCAAAAACUCGUUCUUUUGGUGUUUACGCGAGAGCUGCCACUGAGAAAACUAUACACGACUACUCUGUGAAGGACAUUGAUGGGAAGGAGGUUUCUCUUAACAAAUUUAAGGGGAAAAUUCUAUUGAUUGUCAAUGUUGCUUCAAAAUGUGGUUUAACAUCAUCAAAUUACACGGAACUCUCACACCUGUAUGAGAAGUACAAGACUCAAGGAUUUGAAAUUCUAGCUUUCCCUUGUAAUCAAUUUGGAGGACAAGAGCCUGGGUCAAAUCCUGAGAUCAAACAAUUUGCUUGUACCAGGUUCAAAGCAGAAUUCCCAAUAUUUGAUAAGGUGGAUGUAAAUGGACCAAAUACAGCUCCAGUUUAUAAAUUCCUGAAGUCGAGUGCUGGAGGAUUUUUAGGUGAUGUGAUCAAGUGGAAUUUUGAGAAGUUCCUGGUGGACAAGAAUGGUAAGGUUGUGGAGAGAUAUCCACCAACAACAUCACCUUUCCAAAUCGAGAAGGACAUUCAGAAGCUGCUUGCAGCAUAAAUGCUGUUGAGCCUCAGUUAUAUCACCUGACCGGAGAAAAUUAAAUCAGCAUGUGUAAAUUUCUGCAGCAGGCAAUCACAGAUAUACAAGUGUCUUUCUAUAAUGGAGUUCUGACAUAAUUUUUUCCUAAAAUAAUGGAUAAAUUUGAUACAAAUAUUUGCGCUUUUAUUAUUUGUUCAUCUUGCUGUCAUAUUUUCUUCUUCUGGAGGCUCUACAAGCUCUGCCUGGAAUAGUUUUUUCUUCACAUCUUAGCCUUCAUUUGUAAAUGAACCUUUACAAACUAGUUCAGUGAAAAGUUGUCUAAUGCUAUGAACAAUAGGGUGCAGCUAA